UGAAUGACAUGCUACACAGUUGAGCGUAGAAGAAGACUUCCUCCCCACGACUUUGACGUUUAGCAGCAGCGCCUGUCCUGACCUUCCCUCUGUAGCGAGACAAACUAAAAGAUGGCUGGUCAGUUUUUUACAGCUUGGUGGGGCAAGAUGAGGCCUUACUACACAAAGGCAUACCAGGAGAUCUGGGUUGGAGUCGGCCUCAUGACGUACGCGUACUACAAAAUCUCCUAUGGGGGCAAGAAGGCUGUAAAGGACAAGCCUGCCCACUGAGUAUUCCACCAUGCUGACCACCCCUCCACCUGCUGUGAAAUAAUGCCCCAUUCGUUUGUCCGGAAGUCCAGCUUCAUAUUAGAAUUUAUGUUAAUAUGGAACAAAUAAAGUUUCUAUCCAAAACUUAAAUUUGUGUUUGUUACUUUACUCUAUAUAAUAAUGCCACAUGAGUGACCACAUGCAAAGGUGACUGUAGACAAAAAAAGGAGAGUGAGAAUUAAAAUUAGGCCCUUCUUUAAACAACAGUGAGCAGAUUAUAGUGUCGCCACAGUGAAUGUAUACACGUUUAAUAUGAAUAUUUUGCAUGAUUACACCUUUUUGAUGCUUUUACAGUGAGGAUAAGUGGUAUACAUUUGCUCUAAUGUUUUGACACCUAAUUAUCAAAAACAUAAUAGUUCACAUCAGGGACUAAUGAUAAUUCUGUUAUGAUUGAAAAAAAUGUUUUAGGACCGACUGCAUCCCAAUUUUCUGUUAUAAUCAAUGGUAC